CUAACCAGAAUGGAUAUCAUUGCCACCCUACACGUCGUGUAUGGCAGGAUCUCAUUCCAGGAACUGCCAAUAGGGAAAUUGGACACCGACCUUGCUUUCGCUCACGCUCGGUUCGAUCGACAGUAAAACCUUGGCGGCGAAAUCUUGAAGACGAAGAUGAAGUUGUCGUGGAACAAGAAGAACGCCGGCGCCAAACGCCCCCUCAGCGCCGUUUCCAAGUUCCCAAAUCUCCCUUUCGACGAAGAAGACGACGACCCACCACCGCCACCGGGCAAAGCCCCCGAAGACGCCGGCGUUUCGGGGGACCAAGAACGACCGGCGCCAAAAGCCCUAGCUUCGGAUGAGGACGGCCCGUCGCCGUCGCCGUCGUCGUCGUCGUCGUCGUCGCCUGAUCACCGGGAGCUGGCUCGGUCGUUUCAGUCUCAAGGCGACAAGCUCGCUGAGGAAGGAAAAUACCGGGAAGCACUAGGGAAGUGGGAGACUGCUCUUACCUUGAUGCCUGAGAAUGCAGUUUUGCAUGAGCAAAAGGCACAACUCUUGCUUGAGAUAGGAGACGCAUGGGGCGCUCUGAAGGCAGCAAAUAGAGCCACUGAAUUGGAUCCACCUUGGGCUGAGGCAUGGAUCACGCUGGGUAGAGCACAGUUAAACUUUGGAGAGCCUGAUAGCGCUAUUGCUAGUUUCGAUAGAGCAUUAUCUCUUAAGCUUGUGAAGAAGCUCAGGAUGACCGGAGAACUGCACUACAUCUUGUAAAGAAGCGAAAGCAGCUGCAUUUGUCGGGCGUGAGCACAACAAAAAAUCGUUUUGCAGUUGGAGAUAAAGAAUGACUCUUUGGUCCAGUUACUUGCAUGUUCUGGCUCUAGAGAAGGAGCCCAUGGCCCUUACGUAUAUAAAGCUUUCACGAGUUAUGAGGAGCUAUCAUACCUUGUUAAGCUCUUAAGAAGAUGCAAGGUGGUUGAGGAAAACUUUAUAGUCCUACUUUCCUUGUUUGAAACUAGGAGGGCAAAAGUUGGGAGGAUGUCACCUCUCAUCCGAUUGAAAGCUGGUCUCUUUAGAUAUCUUGCCUUUUCACCCUUGAGACUAGGACUUUUGUUUCUUCUUGCUUACUUUCUUCUGAAUCCUUUUUGUACGUUAUUGUACUAAUUUCUUUCAGCAUAACGCCAUCAUCUGCUGAAAAGGGAUAGAUGACUGAUGCUUGAACGAAGAAUGUAGGUUCACAAAGCAUACUCAGUUAUCGUUGUGGCUAUGACGUGAUACUACAGUUCUGGAACGUGUGGAGAGUCGUUUAUACUCUGUUGGAUCUUUGGCCUUUCUACUUUAUCGUUGUACCUAGAAAUGAAUGAGCAUAUGAAUUUUGUCUCA